AUGAAAAUGGAAAGAAUGUAUGAAUAUUUGGUUUACUUUGUUGUUAUUGGUUUUUAUCGUUGCUGUAGUUGGUGGUACCCGAGUUUAGUUGUGAUGUUUAGGUUUAUGUCUGUUCAAAAAAUUACUUUAAAAAACUAUUCACAGAGGAUAAUCGAUGAUGGCGAUGAAAGUGACAGAGUGGAACUUGAGCCAUAUACUAUAGCUGAGAAUAUUACGAUCAAGAAGUACUUAUCGAAACAUGAACGAUUCGGCUUCAAGAAUCGACUUGCCUAUGUCCGUGGAUCAGUGCUAGUCUAUGAGCUUGAGAUAUCUAUAGCUAACGCUAUGCUUUCUGAUUGGUUCUCUAGUAGGUGGGCUCCAUGUGGUUUAGGCACAGAUUUUGGUCGAUACCUCCAGAGACCAGGCACCGUCGAUCUCACUGUUGCUCCUGGCACCAUAGUCCAACAAGCCGAUCAAUCGUUUAGGCCGUACGGUCGUGUAGGAUUGGCUGCCAAUGCAACUGGUGUAACAUUCCCAACGAUGGUAAUCGAGGUUGGUGUUAGCCAGUCGCUCAAUUCGCUCCAUGAAAAAGCACAGCGUUAUCUGUUGCCAACAACCGAUAUAUAG